UACAUAUAUCCUCUCUUAUAACUUUAUAAACUUAUACUCAUCACUUAGCUUUUUGAAUAUAUAAUGGUUAUUGGUAUGAUCUGGUGAGCUUCAAAAUUUUAUUUUAUCAGAUGUCUUUUUGAUCGAUCAUAUCUCCAGCUAGCACGUACCCAACAUAUAUAUGUAUGUAUACAUAGAUUCGAAAUUCUAAUCAUCGAUCAUAUAUAUCAUAUCACAAGCUAAGAGCGCAGCUAGCUAGCAGAUAUUCAUCAAUUCCAUCAGUUUACUGAUAGAUGCAUGGUAGCAGAAAGCAACAAUGUCUUGCUUAAGUUUUGCCAAACGGGGCCAAAAAGAGGAGAUCGUCGGCGGAGGAGGGAAAUGCACCCUUGAUGGAAGUAUUGAUCGGCAUGGUCGGCCAGCUGUGAGAAGUAGCACAGGAGGGUGGGUCUCGGGCGUGCUUUUGCUGGUGAACCAAGGUCUAGCUACAUUGGCAUUUUUCGGGGUGGGGGUGAAUUUGGUAUUGUUUCUGACUAGAGUCAUGGGGCAAGACAACGCUGAAGCAGCGAACAACGUGAGCAAGUGGACUGGCACUGUUUAUAUCUUUUCUCUCCUCGGAGCCUUUCUAAGUGAUUCCUAUUGGGGAAGAUACAGAACUUGUGCUAUUUUUCAGGCCAUUUACGUCAUUGGACUUGUGUCACUCUCAAUAUGUACGCAUGUAUUCCUAGUGCAACCGAAAGGGUGUGGCGACAAAGAAAGCCCUUGCGGAACCCACACGGCGGUCAAACAGGGCUUAUUCUACGUGUCGAUCUACCUGGUUGCCCUAGGGUAUGGAGGGUACCAACCCAACGCAGCUACGUUUGGGGCAGACCAGUUUGACGAGGAUGAGCCUGAAGAAAGCCACUCCAAGGUGGCCUUUUUCAGCUACUUCUACUUGGCCUUAAACCUGGGGUCCCUGUUUUCGAACACUGUGUUGGUCUACUUUGAGGACAAGGGGAUGUGGGCAUUGGGGUUCUGGGCGUCAACUGCUUCGGCCUUCUCUGCUUUGGUCCUAUUUCUCAUCGGGACAUCUGGAUACAGGCACAUCACGCCCCAAGGCAACCCUCUCUCAAGGUUUUGCCAAGUGGUGGUUGCUGCAGCCACAAAAUGGAAGCUGCGCCUUCCUUCCGAUACUGAGCAACUCCAUGAAGUAGAUGGAGAGAAUGGCACCAGAAAGCUCCUCCACACUGAUGGUUUUACAAUUUUGGAUAAGGCGGCUAUUGUUGCACCAAAGAUGGCGAGCGUGGAUUCACGGCAUCUGUGCACAGUCACUCAAGUGGAAGAAGUGAAAUGUAUUCUAAGGCUCCUUCCCAUAUGGCUAUGCACUAUCCUAUACUCCGUAGUCUUCACCCAAAUGGCAUCUUUGUUCGUAGUACAAGGGGCUGCCAUGAAGACCGACGUGUCGGGCUUCCACAUCCCAGCGGCGAGCAUGUCCAGCUUCGACAUCCUCAGCGUCGCUGCCUUCAUCUUCAUCUACCGCCGCCUUCUAGACCCGUUGGUGGCGACCCUGAAGAAGAAGCGUGACGUGAGAGGCGGGUUAACUGAACUGCAGCGGAUGGGGGUCGGCCUGAUCAUAGCUGUCACCGCCAUGGUGGCUUCCGGCACGGUGGAGUACUUUCGGUUGCAGUCCGCCAACGAGAACUGCCCGAGAUGCGAGAACUCGAGUCCGCUAAGCAUAUUCUGGCAAAUUCCUCAGUACACACUGAUCGGGGCAUCCGAGGUUUUCAUGUACGUGGGACAGCUGGAGUUCUUCAACAGGCAGUCACCGGACGGGCUGAAGAGCUUUGGAAGCGCCCUGUGCAUGACGUCAAUAUCCCUAGGGAACUACGUCAGCAGCUUGUUGGUCAGCAUUGUGAUGAAGGUCUCGAGAAGCGACAGCAAGAUGUCCGGCGGGUGGAUACCCGCAGACCUUAACAAGGGCCAUUUGGAUUGGUUUUACUUCCUUUUGGCAGGCCUUACUGCUGCCGAUUUUGCAAUAUAUCUGUUGUGUGCGAAAUGGUACAAGUACAUUGAGUUUGAAGACAGAAUAAAUAAUUUUCAAGGCAAUCACGUACUGGUGGAUGAUCAGCAGGCUAGAAAGUCCAAACUCCAGCUUGCAACCAUUGUCAUCGUCUAAGUUAAAUUAAUUAAAUGAUACGACUCCCUAGCUACUCCAUAGCAUUAUAUAUACCGCUAUCUACCUACAUAUGUGUAUUAGUGUAUGUAUAUGAGUCUUUUAUAUGUAGUAUAUACGUUCGGACUGUAGUAUACCAAGUAACAUUUUCCGAAGAGACUAAGCUAGUAGUUUCUUUGACGUGGCCAGUAGCUAUAUACGGAGUAUGUCUUCA